GGGGAGAACGAGUUGGUAAUCCCGGUGGGCAGUUUCUUCUCCUUUGUGAAGCAGGAGAUUGUGACGUUCCGCUACGGUAUCCAGUAUCAUUCGCUGCUGUGGACCUUCUUCUGUCACUACCUUAUCAUGGUCUGGCAGCUGCUGCUGACCACUGUGUGUGCCUUCGCCAAUGCGCACCAAAACCGGAAAUGAGCGCUGGAGACGGCGAAAAUGUGCAAGAGCAGCGACGGAGAGGAAAAGCAGGAUGAGGAAAGAAACUGCAGCGCAAUUGCCAAGGCCAACAGUUCAUCUGCCACCAUUGUCAACCCGAAAACGAAAACUAUCGAGAAGAUUCCCGUUACCGAUCUCCUUCCCGGCGACGUUAUCCAAGUGUUUGCGGACACGUUGAUGCCCUGUGACUGCAUCCUGUUUACGGGUAAAGCAGUGAUGAACGAGUCUUGCCUGACCGGCGAACCCGCGCCGGUGCAGAAAUUUCCGCUGCAGGAAUCGAACAGA